AUUUGAAUUGACUAGUUACCAAGUUAUCGAGAUUUAACGAUGAUGUGUAUAUUUAAGUGUAUAUUUUUAUUUUUUUUACUGUGCUCAAUAGGAGUUCAUGGAGACAAUUGUACAGAAAAUUCGAAUUGUACAGAAACUCAGAUUUGCGUCAAUGGUAUUUGUCAAUGUGAUAUUUUAUCCUAUAAAAAAGAUGAUAAGUGCUUACAAUAUGCAACUGAAUAUAAUGGAUACUGUCAAGAAGAUGAACAAUGCAAGGAGUGGUUAGGAUCCAAUGCACAUUGUUCCAAUAAUAUUGUCUGUACUUGCAAACCAGACCAUAGAUGGUAUCAAGGAAAAUGUGAAAAAUACGUUGGUAAAGAUGAAUCAUGUGAUUCAUCCUCUGUCUGUUUUGAUGGAAUGGAUCCUUUGGCGUUAACGUGCGACAAUAAAAAAUGUGUCUGCAGUGAUACUUAUUAUGACAGAGGAUUUGACUGUAGGAUAAAAUCAGCAGAAAACAAAGCAUGCGCAAUAAACAGAGACUGCGAUCCCACUAAAGUACUUGGAUUAAUUUGUCACCUGGGUAAAUGCACGAAAUCAAACGAAUUAGAAGUUGAGACAAAUCUGUUGACAGAAGAAGAAGAAAGUUACGACGAUUUUGUAACUCUCGAACAAUUAUUGGUCCAGAACAAUUAUAAUAGAACUGGUGAAUGUGAAAAGGAUUUAGAUUGUACUCAUAUGGCAAAUUCUAUAUGUGAUGGUACAACAAAAAAGUGUCGUUGCAAAAAUGGGAAUUAUUUUAUUUUUGAAGGCAACUGUUUACCAGGAUUCAGCGCUUGUGAUACUCAGAAGGAUAUCUGUGCAAAUGAUCACAAAAAUAGCUACUGCUUCGGGACUAAAAGUUUAACUAAAUCCCAAGGCGUUUGUAUAUGUAUGCCAGGUUAUUUCUUUUAUAAAAACCAGUGUGUUCCUGAACUUGGCGUAAAGGAUCCGGAUUUAAAAACGGACGCUGACUGUAAAAUACGACCAGGAAAACUAGUCGAUGGUGCCUGUUAUUGCAAAGACUAUUGGUUUGGAGAUAGAAGCAACAGAAAUUGUAUUAAAACAACACUGCAACAAACCUAUAGUUGUUUGACGAAUGAUUGGUGUAAUGCAAUGGGUCCGUACUCGUACUGCAACUCUAGUAAUUUGUGCCAAUGUAGUGAUCCCAAAGAUUUUGACGAAGAGAACUUUUACUGUAAAGCCCCAUAUUCUGAAGUUGAGUGUUUGAGAGAUUAUGAUUGCGCUGUUAAUCAAAGAUGCGUGGACAACCACUGUACCUGUCUGGAGCAUUUUACGACCAAAGAAGGAAAAUGCUCUCCCGCUCUUGGAGGAUUAUGUGACUCAUUCAACAACUGCUUCGAAGAUGUUAUGGAGUGCAUGGAAGGUGUUUGUGAUUGUAUUUCGGAUUAUGUAGGAUACGGGAAUACGUGUCUUAAAAUUGCCAAAAAUUGGGGAGACAAUUGUACCGUUACAGCUCAGUGCAGAGAGUUUAAGUUCGCAGAAUGUUCAUCGGAAAGUAAGAAGUGCGCGUGUAAGAAAAAGUACGUGCUCAAAUCGGAUGACAAAUGCUGGGAGGAGAAAAAUCAUGGUGAUCCCUGCAUGACGAGCGAUCAAUGUACAGUGGUACUAGACGAUUCUUAUCAAUGUAGGAAUAACAAAUGUCUUUUCCCAAUCGGACAAGAUGUGGACAGUGGAUCUUCAGUUAUCACUUUCUCCAUCUUUUUGUCCUUCUUAUGUGUAGUAUCAAGUUUAUAUCUCACAGCAACUAUAGCUUAAAAAAAUUGAAUACAUUUCGGACACUACAGGUAAUUUGAAUAACUUGUCUUGUACAUUUUUCCACGAUUUUAUGUUUUUAUAUGUUUAUAUUUUUUACCUUUGUACAAAUUGUUCAAAUACUUUUGUGGAGUGAUAAAUAAAGUUAUAGGAUGAACAAGU